AUGCUUUUAAAAUAGACUAGAAAAGAUUAUUUGAGAUUGUUGGGGAAGGGAGAAAAGUUUCGGGGCGGAUUUGAAAAUAUAAAAACUAUGGGGGAUUAGAAUAGAACUUCGUAAUAGCGUGAAGGAUGCAAGUGCAAUGAAGCGCAAUUUGCUAUCCGUUGAUAGACUGUGUUUGAGGGACGAGCAGGUCAGGUGAAAUAGAACAAGGAAAAUCCGACUGCCAAAUAGAGGCUGAGCAUGAUGAAUCAGGUUCUUACUUUUCCCCAGCCAAAACUCUACUUCAAGAAUUCAAAUAGUAAAACUUGCGCCUUCGAUUCACUCAAAUUUCCACCGGAAAAAUCAUGUUUUCAUCCGAGAAAUCGUACUGCAUUGAAGAGAAAGGAAUGCAGCGUCGUUCUGUUUUCUUUGCCAGUUAGUUGUAAGGUGGUUGAUCAAGCUGAGCAUUCGCUUACAGAGAAGGAUGCCGUUUGUGGUCGUGGAAACUUUACUGUUUUUCCACACAUACAAACUCUUAGGAAUUUUCCCAAGGAAAAGCUAUUCGGAAAAGUCGUCAUGGUGAGAUUCGAUUCAAUGGUUUUACUUCAAGGAAGGAAAGGACAUCAAUCACCACCAGCAAAUGCUUUUUCCACGAUUAAGUACUUACAUGAAGCAGGUGCAAAAGUAGUUCUGGUGGGUGGCUGGAGAGAGACUAUCAAUUCUAGGUCUAGUUCGGAACCUUGUCCUUCGGUGGAAUCUGUUGCAGAAUUUUUGUCAUCAGUGCUUGAACUCCAAGUUGUACCAGUGAAAUAUGUUUCAGUAUGCAUGCAUUCAGGAGUGGGAGAGAGUAAAAGAUCUGACAUUCUUUUGCUUGCGAAUCUUUUCCACUAUAAGGGGGAACGGGCCAACUGUUCAAACUUUGCCAAAGAACUUGCAUCUGGGGUUGAUAUAGUUGUUAAUGAUGCCUUUUCUGAAUCUCACAAAGUUCUUGCUUCAACUGUUGGUAUUGCUAGUUUUUGCAAUGCCUACAUUGCUGGAUUUUACUUUGAGGAGGGCCUACAUAAGCUGAAGAAAAUCAUCAAGACAACUGAAAAGCCCUAUAUGGCCAUUAUAGGUGGAGGCAAUCUUGCAGACAAAGUUGCUGCCUUGCAUUCAUUGACAUCUACAUGUGAUGGUUUAAUCUUUGUUGGAAGUAUGGCCUUUCAAAUAAUGCAUGCCUUAGGAGUACCUGUUCCCAUGAAAUUCGUGGAACUUGGAGCAUUAAAAGAAGCAGUCAGUAUAGUGGAGACCGCAAAGUUGAGAAACAUUCCCCUUGUUGUUCCAAAAGACUUUUGGUGCAUAAAAAAUCAUCCCUUGAAUCAGAUAGAGAUAUUUUCAGCUUAUUCUAUUUCUGAAGGUUGGCAACCUGUUGAUAUUGGGCCAAGAUCGUUACAAGAAAUGAUCUAUUUAGCUUCAAAAUGCAAGAAAAUAAUUUGGAUUGGCCCAUCGAGAUUCAGCUCAUCAAAACAGGAUAAAGGUGGAACAUUAGAACUGGCAGAAACACUGGGUAAUCUGAGCAGUUGCGACAUCACUUUUGUUGGAAAAAUAGAAUUCGAGGAAUUAUUGAGGAAAUCAAAGUCUUUUUCGAAUGAUAAUUUUGUCAAAACUGCUGCUGUUGUGUGGGAGGUUCUUAAAGGAAGAAAGCUUCCAGGGCUCCUGGCAUUAGAUAGAGCAUAUCCCUAUCAGGUAGACUGGAGCGUCACCUACGGUGAUCCAACUAGACCUCUGGUUGUUGAUGUCGGAAGCGGGAAUGGUUUGUUUCUAGUUGGAAUGGCAAGGAGGAGGAAAGAUAUGAAUUUUCUUGGGCUAGAGAUAAAUGCGAAGCUGGUGGAUCGUUGUUUAGAAGAUAUUCAUCGUCUUGACCUCCAUAAUGUGCACUUUAUUGCGACGAAUGCAACAUCUACUUUUCGGUCUAUAGUUUCUAGUUACCCAGGAGACUUGGUUCUUGUAUCAAUACAGUGUCCAAACCCUGAUUUCAACAAGCCAGAAUACCGGUGGAGAAUGUUGCAGAGUCCAUUAGUUGAAGCAAUAGCUGAUAUGUUAAAGUUUGGAGGCCAGGUAUUUCUUCAAUCUGAUAUAGAAGCUGUCGCUCUGAGAAUGAAAAAUGAAUUUUUAGAAUAUGGUAAGGGAAAGCUUGUACUUAUGGAACAUUCAGAAGAUGUGGCAGUUAAUGAAUUAGGAUGGCUGGAGAAAAAUCCCUUUGGAGUGCCAUCAGACUGGGAACGACAUGUGCUAGACCGUGGCGACUGUAUGUACAGACUUUUGCUUUCUAAAGUGAAAACCAGAGGCUGAAGUAAAUGAGAAGCCCUAUACUUAUGGAACAUUCAGAAGAUGUGGCAGUUAAUGAAAUAGGAUGGCUGGAGAAAAAUCCCUUUGGAGUGCCAUCAGACUGGGAACGACAUGUGCUAGAUCAUAGCAACCCUAACUGAAGUAAAUGAGAAGCCCUAUACAAACAAAUCCUGGUGUUUCCUUGGUUAAAAAUCCUGUAAGUAAAUAAGCUCGUGGUAUGGUGGCCAUUCAUCUUUCUGACAGGUGAUCUAUGUCUCCAGCCACUAUGGUUGUCUCCUGUAAAGAACUUCUCAAGUUGAUACCCUAACCAAAAGGCCGAACAUCAAGAGCUGUGUAAACACAGCUGCCACUGCUAGGGUUUAUUGAUUGCUGAUGCUGCUGAAUAUUUGGAAGUAGUGGACAACAAAGAGACUGAAGAGGAAAAAGUGAAGAAUAUACAUCCUACUUGUGAGACAUGAUGGCGAUUGUAGCAGUUCUGAUCACAGUUCACAGACCACCACUAUGGAUUUUGGUGGGCUUACUGAUGACAUAUCUUGGCUCAACUUCAGAUGAUUAUAUCAAGUUUAUUGUGAUGACUUGGGGCAUAUAAUCUAAUUCUGAUUUUUCAUGGCACAGCCUGACUCUUUAGGUCUGUUAGCUUUGCACAUACUGAUAACAGCGAUGAUCAAAUUCUUAGCAAUAGCCUUGGUGGUUUGAACUGCCUUGUAGCAAACAUUCUUUGGGCUGGAUGAGAAAGAACCUGUGCCAACAGCUGAACCUUGCUAAAUUGCUUCCUUCUCGGAUUUAAAUAUCAGUAGUGAACUUUAGAAUCUAAUGGGUGUAAUCUGAGCUUUGUCUUAGCUGAAAUGUGUAGCUAGAGGUGUAUGAUGCUGCUCUACGUUAUAAAGUCAGAAGUUCAUUUCUGCUGUAUAAAAAUAGACUGGAAAGUUUUCCUACAGAAUCUAGUAUUGGUGAGAUUGCAUA